UCCAGCGGGUUAUGAGUCAGAGUUCGUCAGAGAAGAGGAACCCAAUGAUUCCCAUAUGUCCUGUUGUCUCCUUCACCUAUCUGCCCAGCCGGCUAGGUGAAGAUGCCAAAAUGGCUACCGGCAACUAUUUUGGAUUUACCCAUGGUGCUGCUGCCCAGUACAGCCAGCAGCCGACCGCUGGGGUAGGUUACACCCACCCCACCACGGUGGCCAGCUACACUGUGCACCAGGCACCAGUGGCAGCGCACACUGUGGCCGCUGCCUACGCCCCCACCGCUGCCACUGUUGCUGUAGCCAGGCCCGCGCCAGUUGCCGUGGCAGCAGCAGCCACCGCUGCCGCAUACGGAGGAUACCAGCCUGCACACGCUGCUACAGACUAUGGAUAUGCCCAGCGACAGCCAGAGGUGCCCCCGCCGCCACCUCCUGUCACCUCCCAAAACUACCAGGAUUCCUAUUCUUAUGUGCGGUCAUCAGCUCCGGCAGUGGCUUAUGACAGCAAACAGUACUACCAGCAGCCUACAGCGACAGCAGCUGUAGCCGCUGCAGCGGCCCAGCCACAGCCUACUGUAGCGGAGACCUACUACCAGACAGCUCCCAAAACUGGAUACAGCCAAGGUGCCACCCCAUACACUCAGGCACAGCAGACACGUCAGGUUACAGCCAUAAAGCCCGCCACGCCCAGCCCGGCCACCUCCACUUUCUCCAUCUACCCCGUGUCUUCGGCCGUGCAGCCAGUGGCAGCGGUGGCGGCGGCGGCUGCGGCUGCAGCCUCUGUAGUGCCGUCUUAUUCGCAGAGCCCCACCUACAGCACCAAUGCAGUCACGUAUUCCGGCACGUCAUACUCGGGCUACGAGGCUGCUGUGUAUUCGGCUGCCUCCUCCUACUACCAACAGCAGCAGCAGCAACAGCAGCAGAAGCAAGCUGUGGCAGCCGCCGCCGCCACAGCCGCCUGGACGGGCAGCACCUUUACCAAGAAGACGCCCUUCCAGAACAAAACCCUCAAGCCCAAACAGCCACCCAAGCCACCGCAGAUACACUACUGUGACGUCUGCAAGAUCAGCUGUGCCGGCCCACAGACUUACAAAGAGCAUCUGGAGGGUCAGAAGCACAAGAAAAAGGAGGCAGCACUGAAGGUGUCACAGAGCAGCAGCACCACCAGUGGGAGCAGCAGUUCGGCACGUGGCACCCAGAACCAGCUGCGCUGCGAGCUGUGUGAUGUGGCCUGCACCGGCGCUGAUGCCUACGCAGCACACAUCCGUGGUGCUAAACACCAGAAGGUUGUAAAACUACACACCAAACUGGGGAAGCCCAUCCCUUCCACAGAGCCUAGCGUGGUGACUCAGUCAUCCACUUCCACCACAUCGGCCCCAAGCAAGACAGCCAGUGCCGUCAACAGCUCCACCAGCAGCACAGUCUCUGCUGUGCCUGCCUCCUCCCCCACUCUCUCUAACUCGUCCUACCUGAAGCCCGUCGGCCUGGUCAACAACAUUUCCACGUCAGCUGCACAGUGCAAGAGCCUGGCACCAAGCAGCAUCUCUACAGCUGCAGUCAAGAAGGUCAACGCGCCCAAGAUAAACUUUGUUGGGGGAAAUAAGUUGCAGACUACUGGCAUUAAGACAGAUGACUCUAAGGUUGAGGCAGCUAAACUUGCGCAGUCCUCAUUGGCCAUACCAUCACAGGAAGUUAAAAAUGAUGCACCUGAUUCGUUGUCACCACAAUCAGCUCUGGCAGCCUUGCAGAGUGAUGUGCAGCCUGUUGGGCAUGACUAUGUUGAAGAGGUUCGGAAUGAUGAAGGAAAAGUCAUCAGGUUCCACUGCAAACUGUGUGAAUGUAGCUUUAACGAUCCCAAUGCAAAGGAAAUGCAUCUAAAAGGAAGAAGACAUCGCUUGCAGUAUAAGAAAAAGGUUAACCCAGACCUCCAGGUGGAAGUGAAGCCAAGCAUCAGAGCACGGAAGAUUCAGGAGGAGAAGAUGAGGAAGCAGAUGCAGAAAGAGGAGUAUUGGAGGAGGCGUGAGGAAGAGGAGCGUUGGCGAAUGGAGAUGAGGCGCUAUGAGGAGGAUAUGUACUGGCGUCGAAUGGAGGAAGAGCAGCACCACUGGGAGGAGAGGCGCAGGAUGCCUGAUGGUGGUUAUCCACAGGGUCCACCUGGACCCCCAGGGCUCCUUGGUGUGAGGCCUGGCAUGCCCAUCCCACAGCCGCAAGGACCUGUGCCCCCACGUCGCCCUGAUUCCUCUGAUGAUCGCUAUGUGAUGACCAAACAUGCAGCUAUUUACCCAUCUGAAGAUGAGCUGCAGGCCAUCCAGAAGAUUGUGUCCAUCACUGAGCGUGCCCUCAAACUCGUGUCAGAUAUCAUUACGGAUCAAGACAAAGGCAAAGAAGACGACAAAGAAAAGAAGGAACCUUCCAAAGACAGAGCUUUGAAGGGUGUAAUGAGGGUUGGUGUACUGGCAAAAGGGCUCCUCCUGCGUGGAGACAAGAAUGUCAACUUGGUUCUCCUUUGUUCCGAGAAGCCCACCAAGAGUCUGCUAUCACGCAUUGUAGAACACCUCCCUAAACAGCUCACGCUGGUGACACCAGAGAAAUAUGAGGUAAAGGGCUCUGUUCAAGAAGCUGCCAUCAUCCUGACUUCCUCUACUGAGCCCAAGAUGCAGGUGACCAUCACGCUGACCUCACCAGUCAUCCGGGAAGAGAACACCCGGGAUGGAGAUGUAACCUCGGGUAUGGUGAAAGACCCAGCGGACGUCUUGGACAGGCAAAAAUGCCUUGACGCUCUGGCUGCCCUACGCCACGCUAAGUGGUUCCAGGCUAGGGCCAAUGGUCUCCAGUCCUGUGUGAUUGUAAUUCGUAUCCUGCGUGACCUUUGUCAGCGAGUACCGACCUGGUCUGCUUUUCCAAGCUGGGCCAUGGAGCUGCUUGUGGAGAAGGCGAUCAGCAGUGCCUCUGGACCCAUGAGCCCUGGGGAUGCACUGCGGCGAGUGUUUGAAUGUAUUGCUUCUGGCAUUCUGCUCCCCGGUGGACCAGGGUUGAUAGACCCAUGUGAGAAAAAUCCGACAGACACGCUGUCCACCAUGGAGGAGCAGCAGAGAGAAGAUACAACAUCGAGUGCUCAGUUUGCCCUGAGGCUCCUGGCAUUCCGUCAGAUCCACAAAGUUCUGGGAAUGGACCCUUUGCCUCAGCUCAACCCACGCUUCAAUGUGCGGAACAAUCGGAAGAGGCGGCGCGACAACAGCGACUGCACCGAUGGUUUUGAGGGUGAGGGGAAGAAGGACAAGAAGGACUAUGAUGGCUUCUGAAUUUCAACAAGCUACACAGGACUUCUGACACUCAGCCAUUUCCUAUUCUGUGUAUUCCAGUGGUGCGAAAAAUCGAUUCUUCUAGGUCUCCGUGCAUGCCAGUUCCUGCUUUCCUGAAAUAAUUUGGAGACUUGUAAAAAGCCAUUUGCUAAACACCACCUUAUUGGCUUCCAGUUUUGUUACUAGUGCCCUGCAAAGGCCUACUAUGCCAGCUGAAGAAAUGCUGAACUUCAUUUCCUUAAUGCACCAUGAUUUACUAAAGCAUUCAUAUUAGGCAGAAUUGUUUUGCUGACAAAAAUGGAGUAAAAUGGCCUGUGACUAACACUUAUUCAUUUAGACUGUGUAAAGCUUAUAGGUUUUGUUUGUGCUGAGGGUCAGUGUAGUUGUUUCUGUAUUCUGGAGACACAGGCUAUCUAGGCUUUGGUUGCUUUUCGAUGGGAGGAAAUGGACAUAUAAGCGUACUUGUACAGAUACCGUUAAAGGUCAUGCUGUAUGCAGCAGUUUCAAGGUUAUGCUAACCAUCCCUAUCCGGCAACAAAAUGGAGCCAUGCUGAGGUUCCUGCUAAAUCAUAAAAUCAUAAUCAUACAUUUUCAAUUCUCUCUGUCCCCACUGGUCUGUUUGCUUAGUAUGUGCUAAGCUGGGCAUUUUUAGGAACAGGUUCCGACGUGGUUGCUAUUUUGGGUUUAAAUGUGGGGAUUAUUAUUAUUUUUUUUUUUUUAAAUUUAAGCUUUGCUUAAUCUGCUUUUUGGUUUGGGUUUUGUUUUUGUUUUUUUGUGGGGGGGGGGUCAUUUGUGUUUUGGAUGGAUACAUUCCAUUUAACCACAAAACGUAAGCUAAACAUGACCUAGUUGUACAUUUGUCAUGUGAUUGUGACGGUGCUGGCUGAAGAAUGUCUAGAUGCACAUUUUAUGUAGUGCUAAUGCAGCCAGAGAGGUGGCUGUCUUCUAAUUGAGGAUCUUUUGACUAAAUAUAACACAACCUCAAACGCACACAAUUUCGUGAACAUAUUCUAAUGUGUGCAAUUGGUGUGAAGCUGAGCUUGUUCAAAGGGUAGUCUGAAAAUGUUCUAAUGUUCACAGACUUCUGUUAAGCAGAUGUAUUGCAUUUCUGGACAGAUGCUGUUUCCUGCAUGUAGACUUGGGUCACGUACAUGAAUGAGCUGCCCCUUUUGUUCAUUUACAUGCUAGACUUUAACAAAAAUGUCUGGACCUUGUUCUUGACCUUGCCUUCCUCUUGUAGUUUUCACACAGGGGUGUGGUCCUCUAGGCUAGCUUCUCUACUACGUUUGUGAAGGAAAUUGUGCAUAUUGACACCGUUGUUCCUGACAGAGCAAUGAUCACAAAUUUGUAGCUGACCCAAGUCUGAUCUUUUGCGUUCUAGUGUUGUAAUCCUUAAAUGUAUCUCUGUGUACAUAUACAUAUGAUCAUAUAAAGCUGUGUGUAGCCCAUGUAUGAUCUCUAAUAUAUGACGUCAAUAAGCCUAUAUCUAACCUUGCAAUAGAUCUUAAUAAAAGUGUGUAAUUUUAUGAAAGCAUGGCAGUGUUAAAGUUUUGUUAAUGUUUUAUAGUUUUUUGUUUUCAGUUUAUAGAUGAGCAUCUGCUUGCCCUCUACCUUCUUGGUUUUACAGUUCUUAGUUUGCUGAAAAAUAUGUUUUUGGGUUUGUUUGUUUUUUUUGGGGGGGGGGUAAUUGCAAAUGUAGUUCUAUCCCUUCAUUCACCUGUCAUUUGCUCUCAUAGUACUACUGCAUAACAAUAGACAUAAUAAACCUUUACAGAAUAA